CCAACGCUUAAAGGUGGACUCGGGUGAAGCUCCAAAUAUCUUCCAUCAACGCAAAGCAUUUGUCGACACGUCUAAGUGAUUAUAAGUGGCAUUUAAAAGCAUCUGCAGGAGUUGCGUCUUUUAUUUGAGGUUGGUUUAAGUUUCAAGGCUUCUUUCGCUCGCGCAGUGGGAAUGGACAUUACGGGCUAAACAGCUGGCAAGCAUUAAGACAUUAAGAUUGUUUGACUGGUGCAUCCCUCUCUAAAGUGCGGGCUGGAUGUAAAGAUCUCUUGACAAGAGAGAAAGUUUCGUUGGAUAACAUUAGGUCGUAUCAUUCACGAUGGUGGAUGCAGCUGAAUGUUGCGUGAAGGUGAUGUGCCGAUUCAGGCCACUUAACGAAUCAGAAAUCAACAGAGGUGACAAAUACAUACCGAAAUUCAAAGGAGAAGACACCGUCGUUAUUUCGGGGAAGCCAUAUGUCUUUGACCGAGUCCUUCCUCCGAACACAACACAGGAACAAGUAUAUGACAACUGUGCCAAACAAAUUGUAAAAGAUGUGCUGGGUGGCUAUAACGGGACCAUUUUUGCCUAUGGCCAAACCGCAUCAGGCAAGACUCACACUAUGGAGGGACAACUACACAGCCCUCAGCAGAUGGGUAUCAUCCCUCGCAUUGCACAGGACAUCUUUGACCACAUCUACUCCAUGGAUGAAAACCUGGAGUUCCAUAUCAAGGUCUCUUAUUUUGAAAUCUACCUGGAUAAAAUCAGAGACUUACUUGAUGUUUCCAAAACCAAUCUUGCUGUACAUGAGGAUAAGAACCGAGUGCCCUUUGUCAAGGGUUGCACAGAACGCUUUGUAUCCAGUCCAGAGGACGUCAUGGAUGUGAUCGAUGAUGGAAAAUCCAAUCGUCAUGUGGCCGUCACGAAUAUGAAUGAGCAUAGCUCCCGCAGUCACAGCAUUUUCCUCAUUAAUAUUAAGCAGGAGAAUGUGGAGACUGAGAAGAAAUUGUGUGGGAAGCUCUACCUGGUGGAUCUGGCUGGAAGUGAAAAGGUCAGUAAAACCGGAGCAGAAGGAUCUGUGUUGGACGAGGCUAAAAAUAUCAAUAAGUCUCUUUCUGCUCUGGGGAACGUCAUCUCAGCCUUGGCUGAGGGAACUAAAACUCAUGUGCCAUACAGAGAUAGUAAAAUGACCAGGAUUCUUCAGGAUUCUUUGGGUGGGAACUGUAGAACCACAAUCGUCAUCUGCUGCUCUCCCUCCAUAUUUAAUGAGGCUGAGAGCAAAUCCACUCUCAUGUUUGGCCAGAGAGCAAAAACCAUCAAAAACACUGUUUCUGUUAACAUGGAACUGACAGCUGAAGAAUGGAAGAAAAAAUAUGAGAAAGAGAAAGAGAAGACCAGGGGUCUGAAAAUCAUCAUCCAGAGACUAGAAAAUGAGCUCAAAAGAUGGCGGAAAGGUGAGAGUGUACCUGCUGAUGAGCAACUCAACAGCAAAGAAUCCAAGAAUUCUGAAGCCCCUCCCAUAAUUGACAAAUCGGCUCCACCCCCUGAGCCUCUUUCAGAUGCAGAAAAAACCCAGUACGAGGAACUGAUCAAUGACCUGUAUCAGCAGCUAGAUGAAAAGGAUGAUGAGAUCAACCAGCACAGUCAGCUGGCAGAGAACCUGAAGCAGCAGAUGGCAGAUCAGGAUGAGCUCCUGGCAUCCAAACGACAUGACUAUGAGAAGAUCCAGGAAGACCUGAGCCACUUGCAGCAUGAGAACGAGGCAGCUAAAGAAGAGGUGAAAGAGGUGCUUCAAGCCUUAGAGGAGCUGGCAGUGAACUAUGACCAGAAAAGCCAUGAGGUGGAGGAGAGAGGAAAGACAAACCAACAACUUUCAGAAGAGCUUGUGCAGAAAAGUGCAGCUCUGGUUGGUGUGGAGAGGGAUUUCGCUGCUCUGCAGGAACUGAGUGGACAUCACAAGAAGAGAUCAGCAGAUAUCCUCAGUCUAUUGCUCCGAGAUCUCAGUGAGAUUGGCAGUGUUAUUGCCUUGAGUGACCAAAAGAUGACAGAGGUGAAUGGAGGAAUGGAAGAGGAAUUCACCAUGGCACGUCUCUUUAUAAGUAAGAUGAAGUCAGAAGUGAAGUCUCUGGUCAACCGCAGCAAACAGCUCGAAAGCGCACAGACCGAUACAGUGUGCAAAAUGCAGGCCAACGAGAAAGAGCUCGCUUCCUGCCAGCUCCUGAUCUCUCAGCAUCAGGCAAAGAUCAAAUCCCUUACAGACUAUAUGCAGAACAUGGAGCAGAAGAAGAGACAACUGGAGGAAAGCCACGAUUCACUGACGGAGGAGCUCGCUAAACUCCACGCAAAAGAAAAGAUGCAUGAUGUGUCAGUUCUUGAUAAGGAAAAGGAACACAUGAGCAAAAUCCAGGAUGCUGUGGAGAUGAAGAAAGCCCUUGAACAGCAGAUGGAAAGCCACAGAGAGGCUCAUCAGAAGCAGGUCUCUCGUCUCCGAGAUGAGAUCGAAGAGAAACAGAGGAUUUUGGAUGAGCUGAAGGAUUUGAAUCAAGCUGUACAGCUUGAACAGAAGCAGCUUAUGUCUGACUAUGUGAAGCUGAAACAGGAGGAACAGAAGAAGGAUGAGAGACUACAGAAGCUUGUGUUGUUGAAUGAGAAGAAGGAGCAAGCCAAAGAAGAUCUCAAGGGUCUGGAAGAUACUGUUGCCAAAGAGCUCCAGACUCUCCACGAUCUGCGCAAGCUGUUCAUUCAGGAAAUCAGUGAUCGAAUUGGACGAAGUAUGGAACUGGACGAUGAUGAAUCAGGGGGAAGUCUGGCUCAAAAACAAAAGAUUAUUUUCCUGGAGAACAACCUGGAACAGCUCACUAAAGUCCACAAGCAGUUGGUACGUGAUAAUGCAGACUUGAGAUGUGAGCUGCCUAAACUUGAGAAGCGCCUACGUGCGACUACUGAGCGGGUGAAAAUUUUGGAGUCUGCUCUGAGAGAGGCGAAAGAAAGUGCCAUGAGAGACCGUAAGCGGUACCAGCAAGAGGUGGACCGCAUCAAGGAGGUCAUCCAAGCGAAGAAUCAGGCCAGGAGGAACCACACUGCACAAAUUGCUAAGCCUAUUCGUGCUGGACAUCACCAUCCAGUGGCUUCUGCCUCAUCUGGCCACACUGUCAGAGGAGGUGUCUCCAGCCCACGACGACACCAUCAUCAGCACCAACAACAACAACAACAGCAGUAUCAUCACAGGACCAAGUGAAAACAGGCCAAGGUUGAAAAAAAUGUGCCAUCAAGAGUACGUCUUUUUCAAUGAGGAAAAAGAACCACUGUCAUCUUUUACGAAGAAUUCUCAAGUUAACUUGCUGUCCUUACCAUGACCUCCACUCAUUCAUUCUGUUUAAGUCGGCUCCUUCCCUCCAUUUAUUCAUCAGCCCUGAAUGGGGAUCUGAGAUCGCUGGACUCUUCCAUAAUUAAACAUUCACAGAAAUGGGCAAACUCAAACCCACACUCUUAAGACAAAGUGAUAGUGUCUUUUAAAUUGAAGUGCUAACUUCAUCUAAGUGCUAUUUUAUUGCUUGUUUCAUGUUCUGACUCUUCCUCUCUAUGGCUUCUUUCUACCCUGAGUCACUUUGUAUUUGAAAAAGUCUUCAAUGUUGGUGUCACAUUCUGAUUAUAGUAAUUCAACUCAUCUUUCAUCAUAGAUGCCAGGUUAGUUUCCAUCAAAGGAAAUAACAGUCUUGGAAGAUAAUAUUGCAUAGAUAAAACAUUGUCACUAAAACAGCAUUAGAAGACAUUAUACACCCCUGGAGUAACAUUAGGGCCAUUCUGCGGUUCUCUUAAUUGGCACUAAUUCUUUCAGUCUUAAUGGCCACAAAGAACAUGCAGUGACAUGACGGGGGAAUGUAAUUUAGGAACACAAACAUUGUUUCGAACUUAAUGCUGAAUUAUUUAAUUAUUUAUAAUGCUUCAAUGACUGAAAAUGCUUUUACUGCAUGUUCAUUUUUUAUAUUUACUAUUUAUUUUUGUAUACAUUAUGAGUGAUUUCAAUUUAUUUCCAAAUGCAAUUUUUUACUUUUUGUAUAUUAAUUUUAAGUUCCUCACUUAGAGCCAGGAAAAACGUGCAUACACAUUUUUAUACAGAUACCGAUAUGGGUGCUAAAUGUGCUCUGGAGCAAGAAAAGAACAAAUCAAUUUGAGAUAACAAAUGACCACGGAGAGAAAUUUCACAGCUAAUUCCAUUCCAAAAUGUAUACUUUUUUUAUCAUAGUAUCCAUCCAUCCAUCCAUCCAUCGUCAACCGCUUAUCCUGUGUACAGGGUCGCGGGUAUCAUAGUAUCAUUAUUUAUAAUUUGUUCAUUUUUAGUAGUUUAAUCACGAAGUGAUGAAACCGUAUUGUAAUUGUCAGGAUUUUUAGUAUUAUUUUUCCACCCUAAAACUGAUCGUGUAGACCAAACCGUAAGGCCUAGAGCAAGGGUGGGGAACCCUGCUCCUGGAGGGCCACUGUCCUGCAGGGUUUAGCUCCAACCCUAAUCAGACAAACCUGAGGAAACGAAUCAUGGUCUUGAUUAUGUGAAAAAUGUAAGGGCAGGUGUGUUUGAUUAGGGUUGGAGCUAAACUCUGCAGGACAGUGGCCCUCCAGGAGCAGGGUUCCCCACCCCUGGCCUAGAGACUUCAACCUUUGGGGAAUGGUAGCUGGCUAAUCAUACAAAUGGACGCUAAAUUAAAAGCAAAUGACCAUAACUUUGGGCCAUAACUCCUGAAAUGUAUGUCUUAUAUCAUUGGAAUCCUUCCAGCUAUUUUGGAUUUUUCUAAAAACCUGCUUUUUCAAACUAGUCCUUGGCUGUUGGCCCGAUUGAAAACAAACCAGUGCAGAAAGAUUCUCUGGAGUCUCAAUAUCAAUAAUUAUCCAAAAAAAAGAACUUUCGAGUCACCUUCGCAACAAUACACCAAAACUUACAAAUUUGAAAAUAAUUUGCCACCAAGAGGCACUAUCGUGUUUUACAUGAUCGUAUAUACAGCGGUGUUACAUACAAUUCAUAUCAUAUGAUAGCACUCCUCAUUUUGAACAACUUUGCCUCAAGAACCAUUGGUGUGAAUUGUUUGUUAAAUAUUUAAGAUUUUUUAACCUUUUUAAACUAGUCCUAGGCCGUUCGCCCGAUCGGAAGCAAACCAGUGAGUCCCAACAUCAAUAAUGGCCAAGAAACGUAACUUUCAAUUGAUUGUCGUAACAGUAUGCCAAAACACACGAAGUGGGUGUGGACACUUUUACUUAAAUGGAUAUAACUCUUGAGCAGACUGAGAUAUUUUCACCAAAUUUGGGACAUUUAUGUGGGAGGUCAAUCUGAGGACACAUGAAAAAAACAGAGGCCACCUUUACCUCACUAUAACAGUCAGGAAUAUAACAAAUGCCAUACCUCUGUGCUACCUAACCUGAUGGUUCUGAAAAUAAAGGUGCUUUAUCAUUGUUUUAGACUGUUCAAGUAAUACUCGAUAUCUGCCACAUAUUUACUUAAAAGCUUGAACUCUGUUAAUCGGCUGCUUGCAGUUAUAUUUACUUUUGAUAUAGCUCUAUGGUCAUAAAAAUGCAAAUACAUCAACACAAAUUCAUAUUAGUUGAGAAUCUCCCGUCACAUUAACUCCUUCACUAUAGAAUCAAAUAAUACGUUUGUUCUUCUUUAGACAAUCUUCUAAUGUAAAGUGCACAAACACCAGUGAUUUACCCAGGUGUAGUGUUUUUUUGUAUCUAGUACAAUGUUCUUGUACUGUGUUUUACCUUGCACAGCUUUAUGGUGGUGAUUUACUGUACUGCACACACAGACCUCUAUUACAGUAUGUGUUUGUCUUCAGGUUCUUGUUCAUCAGUGUUUUAAAGUUUAUGUGCUAUGAACUUUACCUCUGAAAAUGAGAUAUCAGAGAACAUUGAAUAAACUUUAAAUGCCACGACAAGGAUUUCAAAUGAAUGUUUGUUACAAUAUAUCAAGCUUAAAGCACACAAGUUUAAUAACAGGGUUUCAGCUUCAGAGUGUAACACUCAUUUAUCAGAUGU